AUGUCGGUCCAACCUCUGCGGACCUUGGUUCGCCGCUUGAGAGCAGCUGCGGCUGCUGACGAUUCCUUGCUUGGUGCUGCACUGGCUGCGAUGCCCUCUGCUGAGGCGUUGAGGCUGUACUACCACCUCCGUGAUCAUGUGCAGCAAGCUCACGUUGAGUAUGAGACGGAGGGCUCGAGUGAGUAUGACCUGCCGUCUUGCCCUGCUGCUGGGUCCUUGCAUCUGCCACCUCAGGAAACUAACUCCGACUUGCUGGGCCUGUCGCCUGACCUGCUGGAUGUGAACUUUGUGCCACCCGCUGCUUCGGACCAGCAUGACGGUGGUUCUGGAGCUGGUGCUGUGGCUACUGAUCCUGUUGCGUCUGCCUCCGCAGAUGUGGCUCCCGAUCUGGCUGCACCUGCUUCUGCUGACAGUGCUGCUGGAGCGGACCCUGAGGUUAGCGAUGACGAUGUUGUCCCUUGGGAAUGGCCGGCCACUUCGGUCUUCGACCUUAACGCCAUGGACGGCCUGGACGACAGCACUGCUCGCCCUGACCCUGCUGUGCAAAUGCCUCCUGAGGACACCUCGGUGGUCGAUCCGCCGCUGGCUGCUGAUGCUUUGGCUGCACAGCCACCCGGCUUAGGUGCUGGAGCCCCGGCGGCGAGAGCACCGACUGUUGCCACGCCGCCGCCGCCGCUUUCUUUGGCAACUUCUUCGCCUCUUGCUGACCCCUGGGCUGGGUAUCAGGGCCUUAAUGUGCAUGAUGUCCCUGUUGCUGGUGGUUCGUCGGCCCCUCAGUCCGCGAGACUUCGCAUGACUGGGACGGCGAAUUGCCCGUAUGUGUUGGCCUGCGACGUUCGUGCGGGAAUUCCGCUCGAUCUGACGCGGCUGGUGCAGUACAGCAUGUUGGGGCGACUGCGGGCAUGCCUGCAGUCGCCCCGUGUCAGUCGCGGCUCUGCGGGCUUGGGCCCCGGCAAUUGUGGGGUUUGCACUGGUGUGCUGCGCCAACGACUGUUCAUGCAGGUCUUUCUUCCUGCACCAGGCCGGGCUUGUGCCGGUCCCUGGCCGGCUGCUUUCAAGUGGUCCUGCCUGAGUGUGGCAGACAGUGCCGUCACGUUCGCUAGCAAAGCUAGGCAAUACGGACUGAGCCAGUCUGUGUUGGACAGUUUGAGUGCUGCUGGCAUCACGACGUAUUCUGCUUUGCUUUUCGCCGUGGCGAGUGCGCCUGGGGCUGUGGACGAGGCUAGGCUUAAGACGGCCAAGGAUAAGCACCUGGGCCCUGAUGCUUCUGAAGGAGCGGUCGCCGCUUUCUCGCGACUCCUCUUUGAGGCUGGGACUUUCGUCGUCGCCGAGCUCAGGAGUUCGGUGGCCGGCGAGGACGAUGGCUCCAAGAAACUUACUUCGCAAGAGCGUGCCAUUCGCAUGGAUGCAUUGCGCGCCAAGUUAGGCGCGUGGCCAAUCACUGGCUCUUUCGAGCCGAGUCAUGUUCUGAUUGAUGCCGCUUUCGGCAUGGUUGCUGAUAGCUCUGUGCGGUACUUGCCGCCGAGCAAGUGCAGCUCUCGUGAGCAGGAAAUUCUUUCAGAACGGCGUGACGACACGUUGUUUCGCCUUGAGGCCACUGCUCUGAAAGCUGCCAAGAAGCCUGUCCUGCCUAAGGUUGACCUUGGUAAUGAACUCAGGUUGUAUCAGGCGUUGAGCCGGCGAGGUGUCGCACUGGAGGUUGCUGGUGUCUGUUCUUUCGCUGUGCACGAGAACUACGUGCGUGGUCUGUUGGACCACCUCCAGCGCAUGCCUCCCGCUGGGUAUUCUGCUCCUGGCAUUGACUCUGUGCUGGCCGCUGAUCGUGCUGUCUGGCAGCAUGUCGCGGCCCAGGUACCUUGCCUUCCCACUGUGGAUGUUGCCGCUAAGGUCGAUGCUGCUCUGCUCGCUGCUGCUGGAGCCCCUGCUGUUGCUUUUCAUGUCAUGCCCAGGGAGAAAAAGCGGGCUCUUGACGACGCAGCAAAGCCGCCUGGCAAGACGGGGAAGGGCGACGGCGGCAAGGACAAUCGUCCUGGCAAGGGCAAGGAAAAAGGGGGCAAGGGCAAAGGCGGAAAAACCUCCGGUGGUGGGAAGCCUGGGUCGCCUGCCAAGCAGACUGCUGUUCCUGCUGCCCUCAAGGGCUUGGAUCCCAACAAGGAUGGCACGCCUUUGUGCUUUGAUCGCAACUUGGCUCACGGUUGCAAGCGCGAGACCUGGCAGACUCCUGCCGGGUUGCAGUGUGAGAAAGGGAACGCUCUGCUGUUGAAAGUUCUUUUUCUGGCGAUAAGCAUUUUUCUGCUUUCCUGCCGGGGCCUGCUGCGGCCGUACGUCCUGAGGCUCAGCAAAUGCUUGAAGGCUUCAGGUUUUGAGACCGUCGCUGUUGAUGUGAAGGAUGCCGUCGGCCACCAGGUGGGCCUCGGCCUUUGCGUGAUGCUGCACAUCCUGAUGGACUUACUGGACGUGAACUGGUCUGGGCCUGCGCGUCUCUUUGAAACGCGUGCACUUGAGGCUGCCUCUGAGCACUGCUUCGCAUUUGCUGGAGACGCUGUCAGCUGUCUCCCGCAUGAGCUGUGUGGGAGUUGGCACGUCGUCGUUGCCGCUUUCUGCAUAGCAUUCUGCAAAGGCAAGCGUCUGCUGCUGUUUGAGGAGUUGCUUGCCAGUCUCGGGCAUGAGGACACGAGCCUGGUGCGUGACAUUUGCAGUGGCUUCAAGCUGACAGGUUGGCUCCAGGCCAGUGGUGUCAUGGAGCCCAAGAUCAGUGCUCCUUCUGAGUCUGCUGCGAAUCUUUGGCGGCAGCGCGCUGACCUUAACGCUAAGGCUUGGCACCAGACCAAACCUACUGCCUCUGAGGAGCUUGAUCGCUCCCUUUGGGAAGCCACCGAAAAGGAUGCUUCAAGUGGCUGGGCCAUGCUUCUGCCGGCUGCUCCUGGCCCCCCUGCUGAUGUGCUGCUGAGCCGCCGGUUUGCUGUAGUUCAGGGUGACAAGGUUCGAGGUGUCGACGACUUCAGCUUCAAUGGUCUGAAUGACACCCUUGGCACCUGCGAAAAGGUCACCACCAUGUCCACUGCGCACACGGUGUCCCUAGGCCUGCGUUUGCUGAGGAUUGCCAAGGCCCGCGGCAUGCGCCUCCUGGGUCGUUGUUUUGAUCUGAAGAGUGCGUAUCGGCAAUUACCCAUCCACUUGGAGGACUUGCCAUAUGCUGCUGUGACGGCCUCGGUUCACAUGCUGUUUCGGAUUCUCGGUUGGCGGCUUGCACUUGAAGGUGACAAGGCUGUGCCCUUCGCUCAGGCAUUUCAGUCACUUGGUGUUGUUUUUCUGCUGACCCCUGGUGUGGACUGCAGUCUCUCUGUUUCCAACACUGAAAGCAGGAAAGCAGAGGUGGCAGCGUGGUGCCUUGACAAGCUGAGGUCAGGAGCUGCAUCCCCGAAGGAAUGCGAGCAAUUUGCCAGCAGGGUUAGGUGGUUGUCUGGUCAAGUUUUUGGCCGCACGGCUGGCUCUGCACUCCGAGUUUUGCUUGCUGCCGGCCGCGCGGGCAAGGCUCACACUGCCAGGCCUUUGUCCCAGGAGCUGCGCUGGGCGAUACGCUGGAUCCUGGAGCACAUUCCAAAAGGCCAGGCCAAGGUAUGGUCACUUGCCAGCCGCAGGAAGCUGCACCUGUUUACUGAUGGAGCUUUUGAGAAUGGCACAGCAUCCAUUGGGGGUGUUCUCUGUGACGGUUGGUGCCAACCUUUGCAGUGGUUUGGUUGUGAGGUGCCACAGGUCGUUACUGCAGGCUGGCUGUCCCAAGGCUGUGAGCAUCCCAUCAUCCAGGCCGAGCUUCUGGCUGUUGCUGCUUCAGUCAUGUGCUGGAGUACUGCUCUGUGUGACUCCAACACUUGCGCCUGGGUUGAUAAUGAGGUGGUUCGUUUUGGGAUGGUUAAUGGGUUUGUAAGGCCUGAGAGUGCCAUGUGCAUCCUGGAGCGGAUGUUGCGACUGGAAGCUUCUCUUGGCAUCCAGCUGUGGGUCUGCCGUGUGCCUUCCCACAGCAAUCCUGCCGAUGGGCCCAGCCGGGGCUUGUGCCCUGCCUUUCUGUCCAAGGCCAAGGAGGUGAAAUUGGACGUGGGGCAUCUAGUCUCCUUGGCCAGCGGAGCCGAGGUCAACGUCUGCAGCUACCGUGGGAAUCUGGAGGAGCGCACUCGUCGAGUCCAAGCCCUGUGCAAGUGGUGUAACUUGCUGAAGCUGGCCCCUGAGUUCUUCUGUGUUGCGACUGUGGAGAAGCUGCCUUCUGAAGGUGAUGAGGCCAUGGUCGAGCAUCUGGAUCUGUUGUUCAGCAAGAAGAGCACCAACACACUGCUGACACGUGCUUCACCUCUGACUAGGUUUGUACUGUGGAGGCGCCGCACUUGCCCUGAGGACUCUUUCUGCGAAAGUGUUCUCUGGCUGCACUGCCGGUGGUUGCAGAGCACUGCUGCCGCCUCCAGCAUAGACUCCUUUGUUUCCAGCCUGAACUUCGUGCAUGGCACCCUAGGCCUGCGCGUUUCUGUUCAGGAACUUCUUUCUGCACGUGUGCGUGGUCUGGCCCAUGCGCACCUGCGGACUAAGGAGGAGGUCGAGCAAGCUCCGGCGCUUACUGUCGCUCAGCUGAGGUGGUUGGAGUACUACGCUGCAACUGUGGACGACCUGUACGAGCGCUUGGUUGCUUCCACCCUGUGCUUCAUGGUCUACGCUCGUGCUCGCCGCAGUGACCUACGCAGAUCGACUCACAUUGAGUUUGACCUGUCACCUGGUGGUUUGGAUGGCUUUGUGGAAUGUCGUGUGAAGAACCCCAAGCAGGCAAGGGCAGCGAGCCGCAGGAACCUCUUCAUGCCCUUGACUGCGCUGUUCUGCGGGCUGUCUGACGUGCCCUGGGGCGCCACCUUCCUGGCUGUGAGGCAGGCCAACCGUUUGGAGACUGCUGGUGCUUUGGACCACCCUCUGUUGCCUGGUCUGACUGCUGCUGGUCAGUGGCUGCAGGAGUGCGUCAGCAGCAGCCAGUUGACUCAAUGGCUGCGUUGCAUCCUGGCCAAGGCACCUGAUGCUGACUUGGCUUUGGUGGCAGCUGUUCGUAGUCACAGUUGCAAGGCUACUUUGCUGAGUUGGGGUGCCAAAGCUGGUCUCUCCGACAAGACUUUGACUUUCCUCGGCUACCAUAGCCACGGUGUCAACAUGGCCAGCGUUGGUUACAGACGAGACGCUCUUGCAGGACCUUUGCGCGAGCUCUGGCAGGUCGUGGCAUCUGUUCGCUCUGGUCGUUUCCAGCCCGACGUCACCAGAAGUGGCCGCUGGCAGGAGCCUUCUAGUCCUGUGAGUUCUGCUUCUGCCUCCCUGGUGACGUCUCCACCUAGCAGUUCUGAGAAGAAGUCUGCUACUGCUGGUUCGGGGAUUACCGCUGCUGUUACCAGCAGCUCCAGUGGUUCGUCCGAGGCCUCCUGUGAAAGUGACGAUGGUGCUGAACAACUGGUUGCAGCUGCUCCCCACUUUGUUGAGAACAUUCUGGGUCUUGGAGGUUAUGCCGUGGCCGGCAACAAGAAGAAUAAGCUGCUGCACAUUGUGAAGCAGUCCACUGGUCGCCUGCUGUGUGGCCGUCUUCUGAGUGAGUCCUUCGAAGUCACGUCUGAGGCUGCCCGCGUUUUCGUCUUCAAUGCGACCUGGCUCCUUGCCCUGUGGUCCUUUCUUCGCUGCGCUCUUUCCGAUCCGGGCUUCGUCCCCUCAUGGUGGUUGGAUCAACAAGAGCGCUGUCCGGAGGCCACCGGCAACUCCUCCUUCGGGUGGCAGCCAGGGAAGCCAACGACAUGCCACAAGUGCAACGAGCGUCGGCCAGAGAGAGCCCACCACUGCAGCAUUUGCGGCAAGUGUGUGAUGCGCAUGGAUCACCACUGCCCGUGGGUGGGUAACUGUGUUGGGGCCAAGAAUCAUAAAUACUUCAUCCUCAUGCUGAUUUACGGCAUGACGUCCGCCCUUGCUUAUGUCGUGGCAGCCAGGCCUAUCAUCAUCUCGUUGUUUGUCCCUCGUGCGCGCUACCUGACACGCGGUACGAUGGGGCCUGGGGGUUUUGGGAUCUUCAGCAUGGGCGCUGUUUUGGCCGCGUCGUUGUGUCUGGCCAUGUCUCUGCUUUUCUUUUCCCACUUGUGGCUGAUGGCAGUGAACCGCACUUCCAUCGAGGUUGCCUAUUCUGGCAGGAACCCCUACAGCCUUGGCAUUUUUCGGAACGCCCAGCAGCUCUGUGGUCGCUGUGGUGCCGCCCUCGGACAGAUGAUCCAUUUCAGCAUUCAAUGUGCGGUUUCGGAUGUCCGGCAGAAGAGCCUGGGGCUUUGGGCUGACUUGUGUGCAAGGUUUCGACUGGCUGCUGCCGGUUAG